GUCGUCGACGCUUUUGGUUGCGUUUGGAAUCUGGACGCCCAAAAUUAGACGGAGACACUCGGGAAGUCGUCUUCUCCCACUCACAGUCACCGCCUCGAGCUCCGAAUCGCUGAGAAGUCUGAGAGGUGAGGGUGGUGGUUAGGGUUUCAGGUGCGGAUGAUGGACUUCCAGAAGCGCCGGGUUCAACUCCUGCUCUUCAUCGCCGGUCUGAUAACCCUCAGCAUGACAGCUGAAAAAUUCAGGGAAUUUGUUGGAGAGGAAGCUUCAUCCAAAAGUGGGAAGUUUACAUUUUUAAAUUGCUUUGACAUGGGAUCUGGAAGUCUUGCCUGUGUGGUCAAAGAGGGGGUGAAGCUCUAUGUAUACAAUAUCAGAAAUGCACAUGUGGAAAGAGCAAGGCAACUAGCAACCGAGAUUGCUCUAACUGAGGCAUUGACAGAAGGUCUCAGCGCCAGUGUGGCCGCAAAGCAGGCCCAGAAAACUGGAGCAAAAGCUGCAAAGGAGGCUUCUAGGAAGGCCAAGCGCAUUUUAGGUCCAAUCUUAUCGUCGGGGUGGGAUUUUUUUGAAGCCUUGUACUUUGGGGGAACUAUGACAGAGGGCUUCCUCAGAGGGGCUGGCACCUUAUUUGGGACCUAUGCAGGAGGCUACCAUGGAGAGCAGAGACUGGGAAGAUUUGGUUAUCUUAUGGGCAGCCAUCUUGGUAGCUGGGUGGGAGGAAGGAUGGGCCUGAUGGUGUAUGAUAUUGUAAAUGGAAUUGACUACUUGCUCCAUUUUGUUCAACCAGAAGAAGAAACUAGCUCUGGUUCCGAAGAUGCAUAUAACUCAAGAGAAAAUGUCGACUAUGAAAACCCUAGUGAGCAAAACCCUGAAGCUUCUGAGGACUGGCGACUCUUCUGAAACAAUCAAAACAUGGCUGAAGUGCAUCAGUUUGUGAUCUGUUCCCACCAUGCUUGAUCUGUUCCUUCUGUUUGAACAGGCAAUCAGUUUGCAUGAUGAAUGAAGUAAAUGUCUGACAUUAUUAGUCAUGGGAUCCAUGGUGCAUAGAGUUUCUUAUUGCUAUUGAACUUAAAUUGUUAAAGCUGGUGACAGCAAAGAUAUGGUGGCUGAAGCCUUUCUUUUUCCCUGUUUCCUUUCUACAGAAACAUGGCUGAAGUGCAUCAGUUUGUGAUCUGUUCCCACCAUGCUUGAUCUGUUUGAACAGGCAAUCAGUUUGCAUGAUGAAUGAAGUAAAUGCCUGACAUUAUUAGUCA